AUGCAAAUUGUAGGCUAUUUGUCUGCAAAUUCACAAGAAGACACGAAUCCUGAUGCUCAGCAUGUCUCCUCAUCUGAGGAGAAAAAUGCGGUCGUGCGCCGUCAAACAAUGCCGCAAACUACAUCUACAAAUGAAAAAGAACUGACUCGCUCGCAUUCUCUGGGUGCUCGUAGACCUCGUCGAGCAAAGUCGCUGCACAAAGAACAAAAUUACAUGAGACGCUUCUUGGAUAAAGAUUCUGCUUUCGAUUAUGAAGAGGAAUCUUUUGACUCUACGACGGAUGAACCUUGUUUUCUGGUAAAAUGGAAUAUCUCUGCGACACUUGGGCGUAAAAUUCAGGAAGUACUACAACCCAGCUCAAAUGUGGAGGCUUCGGUGCUUUCUAAUGGUGAAGGAUCUACAGUUGAUGAAGAAUCUUUGAUGAAGAGUACUAAGAAUGGUGAGUCGGAUUUGGAUAGACCAUCCUCAGCAAAACCAGUCCAGCCUACACGCUCGUUUUCAUUUUCGACAAACACAUCAACAGCAAAUUCUACACAGAAUGUCACCUACCAUCCAUUUUUUACGACUUCUACAAAGCGAAAGCAAACAGACGAUGUAGAAGAUGAAACCAAGUUUUUGAAAAGUUACCUCGAGUCUGGUAAAGUGAUAAAACUCAAAGACCCCCUUUGGCCUAGUCCUGAAAUUCAAACCGACUUUUUACCUCCUAUGUAUGCAGAUGAUAUAAAACUACCCUUUUCAAAAAAAUCACAUUCAAACGACAGAUCUACUUCACUGACUCUGCCUUCUUACUCAGAUGUCUUCUCUCAUGCAUUAAAGGACAUUGACUCUUCUGUUAUUGAAACGCCGAAGCAGGAGAUAAUUCAGACCACAAUGGAGAAACUACACUGUUUUGCUUCAGAAUCUCUGGGAUUCACACCCCUUCCUUUUGUGGAAAAAGUUAUUUCCAACAUCAGUUCCAAAGAGUUACUUAGUGCUAACAACAAUUUAAAGAACUAUUUAUGGACUGUAAAGUACUCGCCUAAAAAUUCAUCGGAUUCAUGUGCUUCCCCGGACUGUAUUUCAAAAAUUGAGGAUUGGUUACGCUCAUGCAAACUCUCUAAACCGGCGGCCCCUGCCCAUAUCAAUGAGAAGUCUGCUACUAUUUCUCGUUCUUCCACCACUCAAUCUCGAACCUCAGAAAAAUCUUCAAACGAUUCCUUGUCGGAAAGUGAAUUUGAACCUGAUAUAAUUACCGAUGACGAAGAAAACUCUACUUCGACUUCUCGCAAAAAGCUAAAAUUGAGUGUUUCACAAUGUCCUAAUUGGAUGGUAGUUGUUGGCCCUAACGGGAUUGGCAAAACUGCUUCCAUCUAUGGCAUCUGUCACGAAUUGAAUUUCCAGAUUGUAGAAAUUCAUCCUGGAAUGCGACGCUCUGGUCGAGAGCUUUUAGAACGAAUUGGAGAGCUUACUCAAAGUCAUGUCGUAGGAAGAUCUAAAGAAAAAGAGUCAAGUAAUACACUUAUCCUUUUAGAAGAAGUCGAUAUAAUUUUUCAAGAAGAUCGUGGUUUUUGGCAAGCCGUUACUGCACUCAUUGAAAAAUCCAAAAGACCGGUUGCUAUGACUUGCAACCAAACUGAUUUCCUUCCAUCAUUGUUUUUGCAAGAAGAUCAUAUUGUUGAAUUUCAACAGCUACCUUUGGCUGCACUAGCGGAUUACCUUUCUUCUGUACUCUUUUCCGAAAGAGCUAUUGUUUCAAGGAGUGUUGUUGAAUCUUUGAUCCAGAAAUCGGGGCCUGACUUACGGUGCAUGCUGAUGCAACUAAAUUUCUGGUGCCUUACUGAUACGAUGGAUCCUUUAAGAAGUGACGAUGAUAACAAUCCUCAAGAUGUACCUACUGUAGAAGCUUCUGUAUCUGCAUUUGAUGACGGUAUCGGUAUUUUCAAUGACAGAAUACAAUCUGGAGAAAGUCUCCUUCAAACUUACAGUGAGGAACAAAACGGAGAUUUAGGAAUUCUGUUGCUUCCAAACACAGUCAAUUGGAGGAAACCCCCUCGCCCACAAACUUUCCAUAACUCCGAGUCCUUCCUGAAUCAACUGAACAAGUCAUUUGAAUACGCGGAUUCUUUAUCGCAAAUAGAUGCGUGCUUCUCAAAUCAGAGCUCUAUAUAUGAAACAUAUGAUUUAUUGUAUGACAGUGCCUCAUUUCAUGACAUUGACCAAGAUACCCGUGACAGAGUGAAAUUGAAUUACUCUGAUUACUUGACGGGAUUCCCCAUCAUUACCGAUCCUUCAAAAUCCAACGCAUCACCAGAAUUACACGAAGUUCAAUUAAAGUAUCCCAUGCUUAAUUUUUUGCUUGGUCUGUAUGAAUAUAAAGACUCGCCUAUAAUUACAAUUUUACCAACACCUUUGAAAAGAGUCCCCCUUUAUUUGGGUGUCUUAGCUUCGAAGAUAUCUUACAAAACUGAUCCAGAUGAGGUAUAUAAUGCUCUUUCUUUCUUUUCCCUUUCCGAUUCACACUCCUCCCUUUUCUUUCCUCCGAAUAGUAUAGAUCGUACAAAUGACAUACUGAUUACUGAAGUUGCACCUUACGUUCGUGCGAUGGCAAGGUUUGAUCGCUUACGCUUGAAUGCAUUCAACCUGCUGUUGUCCUCUAAGGGAAGGUCUGCUUCCCAUUUCUCUGGGGGUUUAAGUACACGACUUUUGAGAAAUCUUGGUUUUACUAAUGAAAAGCUUCAAUAUUUAGGAAUCGAUGGAGGGCGUAUUCUAUCAACAUGGCUUUCCUCUGAAAGCAUAUAG